AUGCAAGGCUGGUUGCAGUUCAUGGGUUUCCCGAAGGCGAUCCCCAACGGCUUCGAAUGGCACGCCUCGCGCCAAACAGACGAGUUCUUCCGAUGCCUGCAUGACGUCACGGCACUGGACGUCUUCCUCAGUGCCCUGUACUUCAAGGACGGGGUUGUCCCGCAAGACUUUGCGGUGGAGGGCAAUCCUGGCCCUGGUCUGCGGAGAGUAUGGCUCAACCCGGACACCCCGGCCCAUCACCUCCUCUACAAACGCGCCGGUCGGCUCCAGUACCUGGUGGUUGAAGGGAACAGCCUCUCGGCAGAGCAUUUCCCAGACUCCGGCGACUGUGGCACUUCCUUGGCGCGCCGCUGCACUGUUCGCGAGGUAAGCGAGCAGCUCGUGUGCGCACUGGCCGGGCGAGUGGAGAUACCCAAGCUACCAGGUGUUUGCCAAGCAAACGUGAGCUCCACUCUGUUGACGAUGAGGGUAGAGCAGCUGGAUGUCGAUGAGGAGGUGCGGGAAGGCAAGGUGGAGCCUGCUUUCUGCAACAUGGCCAGACUGGUGCCCCAGCUGAGAGAGCAGGGCGCUGAGUGGCUGGCUGGCUAUCCCGAUGCCCAGUGUGCUCUCGCAAGCUGCGGGGAUCCGCCGGACAGCAAGAUUGACUACGACGUCCUGCACAGCUGCUGGCUACGGGGUAGCGUGAAUAGCACCAUCAUGCUGCUCAUCGUGCUCCUGCUGUAUUUGUUCACGUUGGUGGGCGUUGUGGCGGACAGCUACUUGGUGCCAGCACUGGUGCAGAUCGGCCGUGAUCUUGAGAUGUCUGAUGCGUUGUUGGGUGCCACUCUGCUGGCCUUGGGGGGGUCCAUCACCGACUUCAUGGCCGGGCUGGUAUCAGCCUUAGCCGGACAACACUCUGCGGAUGACACGAGCCUGUGGCUGGGUGGUAUAGUCGGCGCUGGACUCUUCGCCUGCACAGGCGUCAUGUCCAUCAUCAUGGUGGUUGCCGGGCGCGGGGUCUCUGUCGAGCCACAUGUCUUCACUCGAGAUGUGGCUUUCAGGAGCCUUGCGAACGCCAUGCUGCUGAUUGCGGCCUAUCUUCAGGAGGUGUCGACCACGUUUGCUGCCAUCAUGAUUGCUUGCUAUGCCUGGUAUGUCAUUCUGACUGUGGGUGGAGGGCCCGCGACCCCCGAGUCCCAAAAUAGCGAGCUGCCUACCGUCUGCGAAGGCACCGAGCCCCGCGCCUCCACAUCUUCAGAGCUGUCCCAGGGCCGCGGGAGUCGUCUGUCUCUCUCCUUCCAGGCAUUGGCAGGUGCCGGUGUCCCGGCUCUUGUGGCUGCCGAGACCUCCGCGGACGGCGAGAUGUGCUCUCAACGACUGAAACGACAUCUCGGCUGGCCGAGUCCGGGGGCGGGUGUCAUGGAGAAGAUCAACUUCGUUGCUGCCCUGCCUUUCCGACCCCUCUUCGCUUUGACCAUGGCGCGCACAAGCUGGGAUGCAGCACUAAAUCCGCUCCUCCCGCUGGGCAUGUGCAUCUUCAUCCCCUAUGGGAACCCCUUCGGCAAUGUCUACAAGAAGGCCACCACUGGGUCCCGCGUCGGCAUCCUGGCCUUCUGGCUGAUGGGGGUUACCUUCGCCGUCCGGGUUUGCCGCCUCUCAAGGGCGCAACCAGGAAAGUACAUCGCAUCGACGGCGUUCCACUGGGCCACGUUUCUGACUUCUCUCAUCUGGGUUGGCUUAAUUGCAAAUGAAGUCAUUGCACUGCUCAGCCUUCUAGGCAAGGUCAUGGGCCUAUCACCGACCACUAUGGGCAUCACCAUGCUGGCACUGGGAAAUACCGUGGAUAAUGUCUUCGCCUCCUACGGCUUGGCUUCGUCCGGAGAGUUUAUGGUCGCCUUGACUGGGACCUUUGCUGCAGACACCUUCACCAUGCUUUGCGUGUGCGGAUCGAUUCUGAUGAUGAUGACCAUCAAGACGAACGACGAGGUCCCGUUCCUCCUCUCCCCCUGCGUCAUCAUCCUCCUGAUCAGCUUACAGGUCCUCCUUGCGGUCACCUGGAUAUGUGUGAAGCUGUGUGGCUGGAAGAUCAACAGCUCCCUCGGAUGGACCCUUGCAAUCUCCUACCCUUCUGUUCUGGCGCUUGGUUUUAUGACGGAACGACACCUUCAGCAGACCUGGCCGACUGCCUGA